AGCCAUCGGUAGACGCGCGCAGCCGUCAUGGCAGCGGAAGAGAAGGAUCCCUUGAGCUAUUUCGCGGCUUACGGGAGCAGCAGCUCAGGCUCCUCGGACGAGGAGGAUAACAGCGAGCCGGAGGAGACAAGUCGUAAGGCCCCGGAUCCGGAGAAGUCGGCGGGCGGCUGUGGGAACAAGGCGGAGAAGCGGCUGCCUGGACCCGACGAGCUGUUCCGGAGCGUGACUCGCCCGGCCUUUCUCUACAAUCCGCUCAACAAACAGAUAGACUGGGAGAGGCACGUCGUCAAGGCGCCAGAGGAGCCUCCGAAGGAAUUCAAAAUAUGGAAGUCAAACUAUGUACCACCUCCGGAGACCUACUCUACUGAGAAGAAACCUCCCCCUCCAGAGCUGGAUAUGGCAAUAAAAUGGUCUAACAUAUAUGAGGACAAUGGUGAUGAUGCCCCACAGAAUGCUAAGAAAGCUAGGCUUCUCCCAGAAGGGGAGGAGACGGUGGAAUCAGAUGAUGAAAAAGAAGAGCAUACUUCUAAAAAGCGCAAAAUAGAACCGGGAGAACCAACAAAGAAGAAAAAAUAGAAAACAAAUGACAAGAAUUUUUGGACUGUGAAACUUUGUUGAAAUGAUUUUUUUGGGCAGAUUAAAUUGAUACUGUAAAUUAUUAUGAAACAACAUCUCCAUGAAAGUAUAUGUCAAUUAGCUAAUGAGUAUUGGUGCAGGAACCUUCCACUGUAGAAUUCAUUUUUUAUUUAAAACUUAUAUGUAUUUAAAACUCAAAUGGUGACUUGUGAUUGUGAAAUUGACAACACUUGGAAGCAUUCUUGCUACCACAGAAUUGGUGACAUGCUUUGAGUUUCAUCCCAUGUUGACAUGCCAAUGUUCUAUGAACCUUUUAUAAAGGAGUAUAUUUUUAAAGUAAAUAUAUUGUACUGUGAACUUGUAGGGUGCUUUUCAGCAGUGUUUGUACAGUGUAAAUAGAUCAUGGAAAUAAAAUUACCAAUAUUACUAUUACUGCAUAACAUUAACAUUUGAAUAUUUGUGACAAGUACCCUCUUUGCCAUGUGACAUUCUGAUAGUGGGUAUUACCAUUUAGGGAGUGCCUCCUGUGUUCCAAGUGCUUUGUGCAUAUAUUAUCUCUGAUCCUCAGCCUAAUAAAGCAGGUAUUAAUAGCCUCAUUUUAUAAUAGAGAUUAAUUUAUCCACGGUUACACAGCUAGUGAGCAAUGAAUUUGAGAUUUAACUCAGGACACUUGAACUCCAAAAAUAUCACACUAAACCACCUAUCUGCCAAUCAGAAUUUAGUCCUCUUCGCUCAGGAGGAAACUCCUCUGCCCUCCUUAUUUCUGUAAUGAUCCAUACGUCCUGAAGACCAUUAAACAUAUUACUGAAAAAAAAAGCCAUCUUUUAGGAACUGCAGUUGCCAUCUCUUCCAGGUACUCUUCUGUGGUAAUCAGUAGAGAUCUUCUCCCCUGAUUAUAUUACUGCACUUAUCAUAUAUGCCUUAUAUUAUGAUCAUUAAUUUCCUUGUUAAAUAGUAAGCUUGCCAAAGAUAAGGAUCUUCUACAAAGAGUUGCUAGAUGUAGCAAAUGAAAUUACUGGAUAUCCAGUUAAAUUUGAAUUUUAGAUAAACAACAAAUGAUGUUUUAGUAUAUGCAAUAUUUGAGAAAUACUUAUGGUAAAAAUUUAUUUAUCUGCAAUUCAAAUUUAACUGAGCAUCUUAUAUUUUGUCUGGGUACCCUACUCCUAUGUGUUUUCUCUAUCCAGCUCCUGUUUUAAUGCUUUGCACAUAGUAAUAAAAUCAACAAGGGGUAUUUAGGAAGAUUGUAAUCUUAGAUUUGACUUCUGCAGUCCAAAAUGCAGUGAAGUUAUUUGUAACAUUUUGAAAGAUAAAAAAGAGAGGUUAUAUACUGCUCAGUCUUUCCAUGAUUCUUACAUGCCUUUAAGAGACAAGAGUUAAUUACAGGACAUUAUUCAGUUUUUAAAAAUCCCCAGUCUGAUUGUUUUCCCCAUGCUGGAAACCAACAUUUGAAAAACUAUAAAAUUUGUUGAGAACAUGGAUCAAGUAGAUUAAAGUUUGUAAAAGUCAUUAAAAGUGUGCCAGUCGUAGUGUUUUGUGGAUUGAGGAAGGGACAUGAGUAUGAUGGCUUCCACUAUAUCUUAAACUUACAAAUCCAGUUCUACAGCUGCUUAUCCUCUAGGUUUACAAGUAUCUGAAUCCCAAAGUUGAAGUAAUUGAUGAGAAACUUUUAAUUUAAGGUUGAAAUCUUUGUACAUGAAUAAUUGGGAGGACAGUGGUAUCAUGUACUAGGGAGUGGCAUCAACUGGUAAAGCAUGAGUCCAAUGUGACAAACAAAUGGAAAUAUGAGGUUGUGAUUCCCAAAUCUGGAAAAAUCUAUAGUCUGGAUGAAUGUAUUGGUGGAACAGAUAUCUCGGAAGUUACUGAAAUAUUACAAGAUUUAAAAAACUAGCAUGAAAAUGAACCUCAUACAAGAAAAAAAAAAACACCAGCAAGCCACUGUCUGAAAAUCUUUUUAACCUCUUUUUACCACUCAUUGUUUCAACUCCUAUCUUGUAUCAAUCAGUUUGUGACAGAGAACAAAAGAUCACUAGAUCAGUCUCUAGUGGUGCUUUGAGCCUCUUUUCUAGGCGGUAGCAGAACUGGGGAGGGGAGAAAGAAAAUACCACUUUUCCUUGGAGGGGGGAAAUAUUCUGGUAUUUUAAACAGGAAAGGAAGUUGCUACAGUUGUGAGAUUAAGCAACUGCUGGAAGAUGUGUACCUAUGUGAGUACAGGUGAAGCCAGUUUUAAUUUAGGAGUGGGAGAGAGAAUUUAGGAAGAAGGAGGCUAAAUAUUUUGGGGCAGUCUGACUCAGCCAUUUGUAUCUCAGGUUUCUUUUCAAAGUAUGGCCAAGUAACAGAAGGGGAAAUGAACUUGCUUAUGGAUUGCUUCACCUUCUGCAGAAAUAUCCCUGGUUGGAAAAUGGACUUUCAUGUCACUCUCUACAUCUAUCACCACAUUAGAGAAUGGAUUUUUUUCCCCCCUUCAGAGAUGUCCUGGGAACAUGUCUAAGUGUCCAUGUGGGUACUGUAGAUAAGGUGCUGUUUGGUUCAGAUAGUGAAAACCCAGUGGAGAAGGAUCUUCUAAAAAUCCAUGAAGAUUAGGAAAAUCCUCUAUCCAAGUUGCUUCCUUUUUAGAGAAUCAAGUCACUUGAUAUUUCUGAUUGUUUCCUCAUCUUUAAGAUAAGGAAGUUAGAUCGCAUCAGGCAUGAAGGACUUCUGCGCAAAGACAAAAUUUGAGAAAAGAACUAAGCAUUCGUGGGCCAUAUAUUAAAAUUCAAAGUAUAAAUAACUUUAUAGAGUUUUAUGGAAAACUGGAAUCAAAGAACGUUACUGAGAAAAUUUACCCUGCUUUGUAGCCAUUAAGAUACUAAUAUUAGUUGUACUUGCUUCUAAUCUUAACCCUUAAUGCUGUGUAGUGCUUUUGAAUUCACAGAGUUCAAUCAUAUAGUAGUAUUUUAUUUGCCAAAAACCUAAUGGGGUAGGUUUUAUCAUUUCCAAAUUAGAGAAUGGAAAAUAGGCCCAGCAAGAUGAAGCAAUACACGGAUACACCAAGAGUUAGCUUCAGAGCUCAGGCUAGAAUCUGCAUCCCGUUCCACGCAAAAUUUAUGGAGAACCUGUUGGGUGCAAGACAUUAUGAUAAGAACAAAGGACUCUUCUUCAUUUUGGCAAAAUCACAUUGGCGGCCAUGAGGAGGAUGGAUAUGUAGGUUACUAGUCGAGUCAGAAAGACUAGUUGCUGUAGUCUAAAUAGAGUGAUAAGUGUCUGAGUGAACUAAGGCAUUGGAGAAGAGACACUGAUUUGAGAAACGGAUAGUGCUUAGUUGGAUAUAAUGGCUGAGAGUGAGGUUACCUUUUAUUGCAAACUAUGUACUUUUAAUUAAAAUAUGAAUGUAGCAAUGCAGGUUUGGACAUGACCUACAUGUAAAACAUAUUGCUAUACAAUUCAGUUAGAAACAAAGCCCCACUGGGGAUAUUUGAAAAAUGUAAUUAUUUUUAUAGGUAUCUGAGUGAACCCAGCAACUUUGAUAAGUUAAAAAUGGUGACAUUUAAAUCCACACUGGGCUUUAAAACAUAUCAUUGGUGGUAUUUUGGAUUUUAGAGUUUCAUAUCCGUAGUGAACUGCUUUCACACCUCCAUUAUCACUUAGUGCAGAAGUUCAGACAUUCCAACAAAAAGGCGUUAUGCUCCCAGCAAAUGUUUUGAACUUUGCAUAAUAUUCUGAAGUUUUCUCUCUUCAUCUCCCUCCACACAGUUUUCCUAAUUUGAGGUAUCGCAUUUGCAUUUUAAUGUAAAAAGAGAGAGAGAGAGAUACCAAGAAGCGUUUGUUAUGUACAGUCCAAAGAGGAGGGAUUUUGCCUGUUUUGUUCAUUGACUAGAACAGUGCCAGCACAUAGUAGCACUCAGUAUAACUGCAAAGUGUUGAUGGUAAGGAGAAUUCCUCACCCGGGCUUAUGGGUGAUCCUCUUGAGGCUUGUAUUUUCAGUUGUAUGGGCCAAUAAAUCUUGAGAAUUUAAACCA